CCUGGGAUCAGGGCUAAUUUCACUUUCCAAACCAAUCCAAACCGUCUUUUGCUCUUUCCCUGAAGUGGUGGAUGGUGGAUUUGAGUGAAGUGUUGCAAGUGGUGCUGGUGAAUUUUGUAUGAAUUGGUCAUGUGUGAUUAACUGAAUGGUUGGAUAAUAGUUAUGACGUCCCUACACUUCCUGGCAUUCCCUUUGCCGGGAAACGAAGAUCAACUGAAUGAAAGGUUGAGAGAUGUAGCAGAAAAAUUGCACCGUGGUGCCUAUGCACCUCCUUCAGUGGUCAGCCACUUCAGAAACUCCAAUGUUUUGCAGUGUGCUGUGGGGCCCUCCCACAUAGCAUUCCUUUUUGAGGAUGGCAGAGUAUGCCGAGUCUCCUUUUCAGUCCUGACAGACCGCCUGGACCUGAGCAAAAAUGAGAUAUCUAAAGUCCUGCUGUCCAGCGCCGCCUCCCACCACCAUUCCAGGCUGAACCUGAAAGGGGGCGGGGUCAGUGGGAGUGGUGCCUCGGGCGGAGCGACCGGCGGAGGCGGAACCGCCCCUUCCGGCUCCUCCUCGUCGGGCACGUCCGGGUCGAGGUCCGCGGCCAGGUCGCGCGGGCGCAUCCUCCGCUCCACGGCCUCGAGGGGGCGGGGCUCAGGGGUCAUCAUGGGGUCGCGGCCGGUUGUGCCCGCCCCUUACGUUCCCGAGGAGCUCGUGUCCCAGGCACAGGUGGUGCUUCAAGGAAAGUCCCGCAAUCUCAUCAUACGAGAGCUGCAACGCACCAACUUGGACGUCAACCUAGCUGUGAACAACCUGCUCAGCAGGGACGACGAAGACGGAGAAGACGUCGAUGACGGCCAAGAGUCCUACAUGCCCGGAGACGACCUGAUCUCCCUGCUCGACGCCGGCAUCCACGGGGACCACCCAAGUGUGAUCAUCGACGCCGACGCCAUGUUUUCGGAGGACAUGUUUGGCUACGCCAACCUCCGUAACCGCACCGGGAGUAGGGGACGCACGGGGGAUCAGGAUCGAGAUCGGGACAGAGACAGAGACCGCGACAGCCUGUUCCGCGUGCGGGAACGCCACUACUCGGGAUCCCGCCGGUGGCUUGAGUCCGCCCUGCGGGACAGCAGCUCCGACUUGGCCGAUGCCAAGAAGCUGAACCCCCUGUGGCUCUCCGAAGAGCCCGAGUUCUGGCCCGAGAAGGGGGUCAAGUUUGUGCACAUUGCAUCUUUGUACUCGGAGCUGGUGGCCCUGAGUUCGACGGGACAGCUUCACCAGUGGAAGUGGACCGAAGCAGAGCCCUACAAGAACUGUGACCAGCCGAGCGUCCACCACCCGAAGACGCUGUCGCUGGGGCUGGUCGGGGAGCGGUGCGUGCUGGUGGAGGCGAGGUGCGUGCGGGCCACGGCAGUGACGGAGUCAGGUCGGGUGGCCACCUGGCUGGACGACACCCUGGCGGCCGUGGCGCCCCGCCUGGAGCAGCCGGCCCAGGCCUUCCCCGAGUUGCAGCAGGACCCCGUGGUGGCCCUGCACGUCUGCUCGCUCUACUCGUGCGUGCGGCUCCAGUCGGGGGCCCUGUACUGGUGGGGGGUGCUGCCGUUCAGCCAGCGCAAGAAGCUCUGGGAGAAGGCCACCUCACGAGCCAAGAAGCACAAGGUGUCCAGCCACGCCUCGGAGAUUGUUGCCGGCUCACAGGUGUGCAUGCGCAACAGCCCCAUGUACCACCCGGGGGCCCUGGCCUUCACCACGGCAGGGGGCCUGCCCAGGGUCGGCCAGUUGCUCUCGGCCGCCUGGAACCUGCCCGACACCUGCCACUUCAAGAUACUCAGCGAGAAGAAGACCGAACCGUCGGACAGCUCAGCGCCAGGCAGCAGCAGUGGGGGUGGUGGCGCCAGCAAGGGGGUCCUUCCGAAUGAGGGCAAGGCCUCUGACCGGGCCGAGAUGCCCCCACCCCCGUCCCCCGCGUCAUCGACGUGCAGCGAGCCGGCGCACAGCCCGCUGCCGCACAAACGCAAGCACAAGGCCAGCACCUCUUCGCUAGACGCUGCCUCGGAGCGCAGGGACGAGGAGGAGUGGCAGCUCCGCGACGUUGUCUUCGUAGAGGACGUCAAGAACAUCCCUACGGGCAGGGUGCUCAAGGUGGACGGUGCCUACGUCGCCGUGCGUUUUGGCCGAGAGAGCGGACCCGGGGAGGACCCACUCCAGGAGUGCCGUCUGCUGCGGAGGGACGAACUGCAACCCGUCAAGGGGUCGGCCACCCCGCGCCUGCCGGACUGCCUCCAGCGCUGCCCCAGGAGGGUCUGCCUGCCGGACAGCACGCACAUCCUCGCCAUGACUGUCGAUUCGCAGGGCAUUCACGCGGUGGUUAAGAACGGCGCCCAGCUGACGUACACGGUGUACAACAUCGUGACCGGCCGGGCGGAGCAGGACAGUCCUUUCCCGACCUGCCUGCAGUCCUUCCUGGGGCUCGACCAGCGACAGGUGACACUGGCCACGAGCGGAGAGAGCGAGACGGUGACGCUGCUGCGCGACGGCAACAGCGCCAUCUACCCGCUGGCGAAGGACUGCAUGGAGAGCAUCAGGGACCCCCUGUGGCUGGACCUUCCACCGGUCCGGGCCCUGGGGCUCGGGGUGCAUCCGCUCAGGGACGCCGCCGCCAACCAGAAGAACCAGGUUGGCAUCGUGGUGCUGGCCCUCGAGGCACAGACCCUGAUGCCUCUCAUCUUGAAAGGGGAAGGCGAGACGGUGCGCCAGACGCUCUGCAGCUUGGAGAGCACUUGUGAGACCGAAGCCGGCCGCAUUGCCCUCAACAACAUUCUCAACGAACGCUGCGACGGUAACCGCAACAUUUUCCACGCUGCCGUGUCCACAUGCUUUCCCACGUCCAACAAGGAGAACGAGUCGGGCGAGAAUUCGUCCGGAGGCAUUGAUUCUCUCGACCUGCUGUCCAGCUCUUCUUCUAGCAUUGCCGUCCUCUCGGGUCGAAACAGCAUGUCUCUGUGCGAGAUGAUGCGCCGGGCCACGUCGGCCGCCCUCAGCCUCUCGGGCCUGGAGCACCAGGAGGGAGAGAGGGACGCCGACUUCCACAUCCCCACCCUGACCUGGCCACCGGAGCCGUCCGACUCUACGGCCUCCUCCUCCGCGCCUGGCAACUGCCGCAACACCAAGAACAUUGGUUCCUUGCCCCAGGCCAGCAAAGGAGAGCACGAGACUCGCAACGUCUCCUUGACCAUUCUGUUUUUCCUCUGCGACGCCGUGGCUCUGCGGCCUCAUCUCAAGGAGCUGCUGACAGCCAGGGAUGCGCAGGGGUGCACGCCCUUCAUGACUGCGGUGUGCGGCCGGGCGUACCACGCGGCGCUGCUGCUGUUGGAUGCGGCGCAGCGGGUGGUGCAGGAAGGGGGCGCCACGGGAGAAGCAGCACGCAGGGCACUGCGCUGCAUGCUGUACCCACCAGGUUCGGCCCCGGACGACUCCCCGCUGCACGUGCUCUGCUGCAACGACACGUGCAGCUUCACCUGGACUGGCGCUGAGCACAUCAAUCAGGACAUCUUUGAGUGCCGCACAUGCGGCCUGGUGGGCUCUCUGUGCUGCUGCACGGAGUGUGCCCGGGUGUGCCACAAGGGCCAUGACUGCAAGCUGAAGCGCACCUCCCCGACGGCGUACUGCGACUGCUGGGAGAAGUGCAAGUGCCGGGCCCUGCUGGCGGGGCACCAGGCUGUGCGGGGCACCCUCCUCAAUCGGCUGGUCACUGACACCGACCUGGUCACCCUGCCCAACAGCAGAGGGGAGAACAUCCUCCUGUUUCUGGUGCAGACCGUGGGACGGCAAGUUGUGGAGCAGCGCCAGUACCGCCCGUCCAGGUCUCGCUCCAAUGCUCCCAGGAAGAUUUCCAACUCCGACCUUGAGCCGGACAUGCCCGACCACGACCUGGAGCCCCCCCGCUUCUCGAGACGCGCCCUGGAGCGCCUGCUGAACGACUGGAGCGCCAUCAAGACGACCAUGAUGGCGGGCUACCGGGACGAGGAGGCCUCUUCCUCCUCCCGUCUGGGAGGGGCCGGAAGCUCCGUGCCCGAGGACCAGCAGCCCCACUUGGUGGCACAGAACGGCACCGCCCUGCUGGACAAGUUUGUCCACUGCCUGCUGGUCAAGUGCAGCAUGGAGAUGCUGGACACCCUGCUGACCACGCUGGUGCGGGAGAUCCAGAACGAGAACUCCCCAAGCAGGGCGGCCGAGGCCCGCCAAGUGGCCCACCGCUUCGUGCGCAGCGUCACCCGCAUCUUCGUCAUCCUCGCCGUGGAGAUGGCGCCCAACACCAGCCGCAAGAAGAGCCUGACUGGGACGUCCCAGCCGCUGAUGAAGUGCCGCCGGGUGUUCCAAUCUCUGGUGACCUUGGCUGUAGAGGAACUUUGUGAGGCAGCGGACGCCCUGAUCGCCCCCGUGCGUCUCGGAGUGGCCCGUCCAACGGCCUCCUUCAACCUGGUGUCGUCCUGCAUCGAUGCUAUUCAGGGGAGUGAGGAGCUGUUUCUGGUGGAGCCCAUGGUGCCCAGGGCCCAGCAGCCGGAGCUGGCCCCCCACGUGGCCCCCAGCGAGCCCCCCCUGGGACAGAGCCUGCUGGCAGCCAGGCAGCCCCUCAGGGGUGACCCCCUGGACGACGAUGAGGCCAGCGUGGACGUGGUUGACGGUGCGGUGGGCGAAGACCCCGACCACGAGGAGAGUGAGCGCGACGAGCGUAUGGAGGCCUCCGAACACGACGGCACGCCCGCCCACGAGCACAACGACGAAGAGAGUGACAGUGACAGUGACCCGGACAGUGCGUCCUACCAGAGCAACCAGGACAACGCGAGUGCUCAGAGGAGUGCCACUACUGGCGCCACAGCAGGUUCAGACGCCGAGGACGAGUCUGCGGAGUCGUCCAACAUGGAGGAAGAAGAGGAGAGCGAGGCGGGGGACACUGAGCCGGACACGGAGGAGCUGGCCCUGCUCGACGAGCAGCUGGAGAGGAGGGGAGGUGCCCCCGGUACGGGCGGGGGGUCCUCGGGGGGCCUGGGCGGUUCUCGCCCGGGGUCCCUGGCUCCGCAGCACCUACAGUGGGCUCUCCGGCAGAGGGACACGACGGGGAGGCCCCACACCUCGUCUGCCGGUGAGAUCGCUGGUCUCCAUCACCGCCGGUCCGUCUCCCUGGCGGGGUCCGGCGGCCUGGUGUACAUCGACCCGAGCUCCCUGCGCCGUUCUGCGGCCGCGGCUGCGGCUGCGGCAGGCAGCUCAGGCGGCGGUUCGGGCUCAUCGGUGGCCGCCGCAUUGGCCCCGGAGUGGAGCCCCGCCACGACGGCGGUGGGGCUGGCCAGGGCCUUUGGGGCGGUGCUGAGGCAGACGGCGGACCUGCUGGCCACCCUGCAGGACUACAACCAGGCCUCCCCCGGGCUCAGCCUGCCCAAGAUGCUCGAGGUGUCCUACCAGGAGUCUCUCAACAUGCAGGCUUACCUGGACUACCACUUGAAACCAACGUGGGACUGGCUGGUGUCCGUGAUGGACUCGACAGAGGCUCAGCUCCGCUUUGGCUGUGCCCUCACAAACCACUCGGACCCCAGCGGGGGUCCCCCUCCGGGACCCAAGCCCCGCCGGGGGUUCUUUGAGGACCGGCUGUCCGCCCCAGGGAGCCUGGACAGCCGCCGUAGGAACCGCCUCACCACCUAUGGUGCGUUCCUGGACACUUGGACCAAAUACCGGUCGGAAGGCGUCUCCGCAAGGAGGGACUUCCUGUCGUACGCCCUCUCCCUGAUGCGAGCCCACAACAACGAACACUUUGAUUCGCUGCCGGUGAUGGACGUGGCGUCUCUGAAGCACGUGGCCUACGUCUUUGACGCGCUCAUCUACUUCAUGCGCUCGGGAGCAGAUGACUCCGAGACUCUGCGUGACGGUUUCCUGCUCCUGGACCCGUGGUACGCUGAGGACUACAACGAGAACGAAGACCAAGAAGAAGAGGCGGGGCCCGUGUCGAACAUGCAAGUCGACAUGGAGAGCUGCUGUGACGAAGACCAGCCGGCCCCGCUCUCGGGGGCGGGCGGGUCGGCCUCGGAGGGCCCCUCGGGGGCCAGGGGCCGUCGGCACCCCUUCUUCCAGCGCUCGGACUCCACCCUGUGCCUGGGCUGCCAGGCCCCCGACCCAUUCGCGACCCCUCUGGCAGAGGCCCUGCCCCUGGCAGAUCGGCCUCAGCUGCUGACCCCCACCGCGACGCGGCAGGAGCUGUUUGGAGCCCCCCGCGCGCCCCAGCCGUCUGGGGAAGGGGCCCCCCCACUGCCCCCACGCCUGGGACUGUCGAGGGGUGGCACGGGCAUGCCCACCUCCGCCCAACGAGCCGCCGAGGUGCCCAGGGCACCCAUCAUAGUGGCGGCACCUUCCUCGGGGCGCCGGCCACCGCCCCCCGCAGCCGCCCAGGAGGGAAGCGCCGGGCAGGGAAAGUCCAGCGUCAUUGUCCUGGCGGGCUCUCACCGGACGCAGGCCCAGCCGUCUAGCGAGGCUCCACCGCCAUACUCUGGAGCCCCCAGCCCAGCCGCCGAGGUUACCGUCACCUCCAGCAAUGCUCUGCAGCCUUCGGCAAGAACAGAAGCCCCUGCACCAACCUCCACACUUCCCGGAGCUCCGCAGUCAAACCCCGAGACCGGCACGAGCACAGCAGCCUCCACUUCAAGCGGUGCCACUGGCGUCGGACCCAACAGUCGCCCCGUGUGCCAGAGCAGCGCCCUGGGGCAGUUGGUUCCCCACGACGUGCUGCUCAGCCGCUGGCAGCUGACCCUGGAGUUAUUUGGGCGCGUGUUCGUGGACGACGUGGGCGCUGAACCGGGCUCGGUCAUCAGCGAGCUGGGCGGGUUCCCGGUCAAGGAGGUGCGCUUCCGCAGGGACAUGGAGAAGCUGCGCAACUCACAGCAGAGGGACCUCACCCUACCCAAGAUGGAGCGUGAGCGUAACAGCCUGCUGCAGCAGACAUUCAAGGAGCUGAACACGCAGUACAGCAGCUACAGCCGGCGCAGCAUGGGGGGCACCCCACCGCUGGCCAUCAACCGAGUCAAGGUCACCUUCAAGGACGAGCCCGGCGAGGGGUCCGGCGUGGCGCGCUCGUUCUACGCGGCCAUUGCCGAGGCCGUCCUCUCCCUCGAGAAGCUGCCCAGCCUGGACGGCUGCCAGGGAAAUCGCUCCCUCCAGUACAACCUGAUCCAGCGGCUGCGGUCGAGGGAGCGGGACAAGGAGCGGCGCAGCGGGGGCGCCAGCCAGGCCCCUAAGUCCGGGGGCGGCCUGCGCUACGACGCGCCCCCCUUCGUGAUGCCCGGGGAGGCCGGGGGCAGCGGACAGGCCUCCAACGACCACCUGAGCCCACACCGGCAGCAGCUGGGACAGCGGCUUUACCCGCGCGUCCACGCCCUGCGCCCAUCGCUGGCGAGCAAGAUCACGGGCAUGCUGCUGGAGCAGUCUGCCGCCCAGCUGCUGCUGCUGCUGGCUUCGGAGGACGCGCUCAGGCAGAAGGUCGAUGAGGCCGUCGAGAUCAUUGUCUCGCACGGAAGGGAGGCGGAGACGCUGCUGGACCUAGACGUGUUCAGCCUCGGGGAGCGUGCCCGACGGAGCAGCAACUCCUCGGGGGCUGCCCGGAGGAGCGACGCGGAGGAGGAGGAGGAGGACGGGGAGGACAACAGCCCCCUAGUGUACCAGCCGGGCAAGCGGGGCUUCUAUGCCCCCCGCCAGGGCAAGUGCACCCCGGACAGGCUCAACGCCUUCCGCAACGUCGGCAGGAUUGUGGGGCUCUGCCUGCUACAGAACGAGCUGUGCCCCAUCUCGUUCAGCCGUCAUGUGAUCAAGUACAUCCUGAACAAGCGCAUCGGCUGGCAUGACCUGGCCUUCUUCGACCCCCUGCUUUACGAGUCGCUGCGGCAGCUCGUCCUGGAGGCCGAGUCCCGGGACUCGAGCACGGUGUUCUCCGCGCUAGACCUCACCUUCUGCAUCGACCUCUGCCCCGAAGAGGGAGGAGGGACCGUGGAGCUGAUUCCAGGCGGCAGGGAGCAGGAAGUGACGUCGUCCAAUGUCUACCUCUACGUUCGGCGUUACGCCGAGUACAGAAUGGUCAAGUCCCAAGAACGAGCGCUUGGGGCGAUUCGCAUGGGGGUGUACGACGUACUCCCCAACAACACCCUGGAGGGCCUAACGGCCGAAGACUUCCGGCUCCUGCUCAACGGGGUGGGUGAAGUGAAUGUACAGGCCCUCAUCAGCUACACGUCCUUCAACGACGAAAGCAAGGAGAGCAGCGACAAAAUUUUUAGGUUCAAACGUUGGUUCUGGUCUAUGAUGGAGAAGAUGCCGAACCAAGAGAAGCAAGAUCUGGUGUACUUCUGGACAGGCAGCCCAGCGCUGCCGGCCAGCGAGGAGGGCUUCCAGCCCAUGCCCAGCAUCACCAUCCGGCCGCCGGACGACCACCACCUGCCCACGGCCAACACCUGCAUAUCCCGGCUCUACCUACCCCUCUACUCGUCCAAGGCAGUGCUCAGGGCCAAGAUCCAGAUGGCCAUCCGCACCAAGAACUUCGGAUUUGUCUGAGCAUGGCGCUUUGCACUGUCCCCCCACCCACCAGCAACAUAACCCAUAUUUAUAGUGCCACCAGACCCAGAAAUAAAAACUAAUUGAGGGCUCCUCAUCAA